UUUGUGUUGGGAUGGGUAACCUGGUGUCUUUGCAGUGACUUGAAAUAGUUUGGACUUGAUAUAACCUGGAAGAUGUGGAGUGGGCUGUUACCUCCAGGACUGAAUGAAAGUGAUGUUGAUCUGAGUUCUGAUGAUGGAGACGAAUCACCUGAUUCCUGUUCAAAGCAAGAGGCAAAAGAAGAUACUGAAAAAAUUCAGGGGACUGGACAGGAAAGUAAUGCCAGCAGUGACCCUCUUGUACCAGUGACAGAUGAAGAAGGUGAAUUUCAAACGUGCCCUCCUGGAGUUUCUGUAAAUAUCUGGAAUAAAUUUGUGGAGCUUCAGAAGAAACACCAGGAAAUGAAAAUGCAAGUGAGAGAGGAAAACAGAUGCCGGAAAAGAAAGCGCCGCCGAAAAGCAAAGCAAAGAAAGAGCGAUGAAGUGGCUCAGAGUAGUCAGCAGUUGGAAAAUGAAGACAAAUGGAAAGAACUUACACAAUACUUUGGAAUCAAUGAUAGAUUUGAAUCACCUAUGGACAGCAGAGCUCCACAAAAGUCUGGCCUGGAACUGAGCAUAGAGAAGUGUGUGGCUGAAGGUGACAUUGCCAAGGCUGAGGAACUGAGUGACAGAUUGGCCACUCGUGAGCUUGGUGUGAAAAUUGCCAAAGCUGCCGCUUGCCGCAACUUUGUAAAAGCCAAGCAAGAAGCAGAGGCUGCCCAAGAAGCUCAAAAGAGAAAGAAGCUUGCUUGGGGAUUUGAAGCCAAGAAAAGAUGGGAAACAAAAAGCAACAUGGGAUACAUGUAGUCCAUCCUGUUUUCCUCAGCAGUUGAAUACCUGUUGUUACUUGAAGAAUUUUUGUGGGCACCUUAUUAAAUCUAAACAUAAAACCCCCCAAAACACAACACAUCAAAUGCCUAGUAUUUAUCUUAAUGUUUUUAAACUGCACUGUCUUGUUUUGUCACUCUCUUACAAAUAAUACAGCAAAAAUACUUUCUAAAUAUCAAUACUGUGUUAAUAAUCCUCCUAGAUACGAAACCUAAAGAUAACACAUUUCAGGAUGAAUUUGGAGUCUGGCAGAGAAUUCUCUGAAGUUGAAAUAAAAUCCUUGGUCCAAAUGUG